AAGGUGAAGGUAGUGAUGUGGCAGAGACGCUAAAUGAGCUUUAACCAGUAAAGGCUGGAGGAGCUUUUGGUCACAUGUGUUGAAUAAUGGGGUGGAGAAGUUUCGUUUCUUCUGGAAAAUGGGAACAUGGGACCUUUCCAGUGCUAUCAGUCUGCUGUGGAGGCAGUGCUGGUUGUACCUCUUCCUCCAAGAUUCCUGUUCCAGGAUGGCAUCUUGGGCCAGGCUCUGUUGUGCCUGCCCUCAGGGGACUGCAGGAGCUGGCGCAGGAUGGAUGUGGUCAGGAUAAACCACGGAGUCGAUAUGCUGUGAACAGCUCUGGAGAUACCACAGAAGAUCAAGAUGGGGAUUCCAGGUUUUCCGAUGUCAUCCUGGCAACAAUUUUGGCAACCAAGUCAGAUAUGUGUGGGAAGAAGUUCGAGCUGAAGAUUGACAACGUUCGCUUCGUUGGCCACCCCACCCUGCUGCAGCAUGCCCUGGGGCAGGUAUCCAAAACUGAUCCCUCCCCAAAGAGAGAGAUGCCUACAAUGAUUCUCUUCAAUGUGGUGUUUGCACUAAGGGCCAAUGCAGACCCCUCGGUGAUCAACUGCUUGCACAACCUGUCCCGCAGGAUAGCCAUUGUCCUGCAGCACGAGGAGCGCCGCUGCCAGUACCUGACCAGAGAGGCCAAGCUGAUCUUGGCUAUCCAAGAUGAGGUGUCUGCCAUGUCAGAGACCACAGAAGGGCCACAGUCACCUUUUCACCACAUCCUGCCCAAGUGCAAACUGGCCAGAGAUCUCAAAGAGACCUAUGACAGUCUCUGCACAACAGGAGUGGUCCGGUUACAUAUCAACAACUGGCUGGAAGUGAGCUUCUGCCUGCCUCAUAAAAUCCAUUACGUUGCCACAAACUUUAUCCCUCCUGAAGCCAUUGAGAGGAGCCUGAAAUCUAUCAGGCCUUACCAUGCCUUAUUACUUUUAAAUGAUGAGAAGUCACUGCUUAAUGAGCUCCCAUUGGACUGCUCUCCUGCCCUGGUGAGAGUAAUUAAAACUACCUCUGCCGUGAAGAAUCUGCAGCAACUGGCUCAAGAUGCUGACUUGGCACUGCUGCAGGUUUUCCAGCUGGCUGCACACCUUGUUUACUGGGGGAAAGCAAUCAUCAUUUACCCACUGUGUGAGAACAACGUCUACAUGCUCUCUCCAAACGCCAGUGUCUGUCUUUACUCCCCGCUAGCAGAUGCCUUUUCCUGUCAGUUCCGGGGCCACAACCUGCCCUCCAUGCUCUCCAAGUUCUCCCUCCCAGUGUCCCUCUCGGAGUUCAAGAAUCCGCUGGCACCGCCUGUUCAGGAGACUCAGCUCAUUCAGAUGGUGAUUUGGAUGCUCCAGCACCGGCUGCUCAUUCAGCUUCACACCUAUGUCUGCCUGAUGGUGCCACCCAACGAGGAGGAGUUCCGUGCCCAAGAUGAGGACAUGCCCUUCACUGCCAGAGUUGGAGGCCGAAGUUUAAGCACCCCCAAUGCUCUCAGCUUUGGGUCUCCAACUAGCAGUGAUGACAUGACUCUGACAAGCCCUAGCAUGGAUAAUUCCAGUGCUGAGUUGAUACCUGGUGGGGACUCACCCCUAAAUAAAAGGAUGACAGAGAAUCUGCUAGCAAGCUUGUUGGAGCAUGAGAGGGAAGCUAUCCUUAACGUCCCUGCUGCCCAGAAUCCGGAAGACCUGCGCAUGUUUGCGAGGCUGCUGCACUACUUCCGCGGGCGGCACCACCUGGAGGAGAUCAUGUACAACGAGAACAUGCGGCGCUCCCAGCUCCUCAUGCUCUUCGACAAGUUCCGCAGCGUGCUGGUGGUCACCAGCCACGAGGACCCUGUCAUUUCCGUCUUCCAGUCUCUCUUAAAGUGACCUGAGUGGCCAAGGAGGCAACCUGCAAAGGGGGAAUCCCUACAGACUGGAGGCGACUUGAAGCUCCUCCUCGCCGUGUGCUACCGAGCCGGCUCUGCCCCUGCACACCUCCUUCCCCGGCUGCUCGGUCUGAAUGAGAGCUCUGGGGCCUGCUAUAGGACACCAAGAGCUUGCUCAGCCUGGACUGCUGCUGUGCCACGUCCACAUCGUGGGAGCUGCUGGUACAGAGCCCUUCGCUGCCUCUGCCCCCUGCCAGGGCUUGUGAGAGAAGCCAAGCGGCUUUCCAGCGGUACUGACCGACCUUCACCUCCGGCGCCUCGCAGCACCUCCUCUGCUCCCCAGCACCAUGGCUCCCCGUGGCACAGCACCCACGGCCUCUCCUUGGGGGCAGAGUGGAGCCGGGACGGCUUUUAGGGACAUGUGCCCGCGUGCCAGGGACUUCUGCCUGGCCAUUGCUAUGUGGCAGCAGUGAGGACACAGGUAGGGAGCAUCACCAGUAAACGUUUUCAUGCAUGAGAA